AUGAUAAACCUUUAAUUGCCUAGGAUACUGGUCCGGUGUGUGGAACUGAUGGCAAGAUUUACAAGAAUGAAUGUCUCAUGAGAAAAGAAAAUUGUGGAGACGAAAUAAGCGUGGCUGACUGGACCGUGUGUUCUUCAGUAAAUGGAUCUGCAUGUGAACAUAAAUGUGACAAGGAGAUAGAUCUGGUUUGUGGAACGGAUGGUAGAACAUAUAUCAAUCAGUGUUUUCUUCAAGUAGAAAAAUGUCUAAGAGAGGUCGAGGUUGCGCAUUAUGGAGCUUGCUUUAACUCUACAUCUCGAACCACGAUAUGUCCUGAAUCUUGUACUGGAGCUGCCCGUGACGGACCGGUGUGCGGCAGCAACGGCAAUGUGUACAUAAACAGCUGUGAACUAAACAGACAAACAUGCGGACAACAAGUUGUUGUUGCUCAUCGGAGGCAUUGUAAGGUUACAGAACAUUGUGAUGAAACCUGUUAUAAAGUUAGCAAGGUUAGCUGUGGGUCGGAUGGUAAGCUGUAUAACAAUGGAUGUCAGAUGAAGAGGAAAAAUUGUGGAAAACAUAUUUACGAGGUACCUAUUGGAUACUGCUUGAACCGUCUAUAUAGAACGUCUUGUCCCCUUGAUUGCACCGAUAUAAGUGUUGCAUUAACUUGCGGCAGUGAUGGACAGAUAUAUUCAAGUGAAUGCGAACUUAGAAGAGCAGACUGUGGUUUCCCCCUUCUUACCUUUAAGAAAAUAACAAAGGUACUUCUUGAGAACUGUAAGAGAAGGAUGGAAACCUGCUCCAGGAUGGUUCAGUGUCCGGAUGAAGAAUCUGCUGUUUGUGGAAACAACGGUAUCACAUAUAGGAACAAGUGUGAAUUACAAGAGGCAACCUGUAAAUCCGGAGUUCAGCUGUCCCAUACCGGUUCCUGCCAGGAUCUUUCCAAACCAAACCUACCCUGCCCACGUGCCUGCCCAGAGACAAAUCAAACCCAGGUUGUCUGUGCCUCGAACGGAAACGUGUAUCCAAGUUUGUGUCAUCUCAGACGAGAAACCUGCGGGCAGAGGGUCAACCCGACCAGCCUAGACAUGUGCCAACUUACAAGAUAUUGUGAGGAGGACUGUACGGAUAAAUCUGAAGAAUAUAUCUGCGGCUCUGAUAAUUCUCUUUACUCUAAUGUUUGUCAAAUGAGGAAAGAAAACUGUGGGAAGCAUAUUUACAGGGUGCCCGUAUCCAAGUGCUUGUCUGUGUUCCAAUGGAAGGGGUGUGCCCGAGUGUGCCCGCCUACCCUCGACCCUGUCUGCGGAUCUGAUGGGAAAACUUAUUUAAAUCCUUGUUUUAUGCAACAAGAAACCUGCAGGGCCCGAAGCUUGGGGACUGGAGUGAGUAUUGAAUAUUAUGGAAGAUGCGGUGAUCCAAGACAACAGCCCAAAUUCCUUCCGUACUUUCAACCACAGAUAGAGUACAAUGUACUUUAGGAUAUAUAUUUUACUUUCAACCACAAAUAGAGUACAAUGUAUUUUAGGAUAUAUUUAUUGCUACUUUCAACCACAAAUAGAGUACAAUGUACUUUAGGACAUAUAUAUUUUUUUAUGAUAUUUCAAACACAAAUUAGGACAAUACACUUUAGAAUAUUU